UCCAAAAGAACAGGGGUUAAAAAAAAAACAAAUAUAUUAUUAUUCUGUUGCAAAUAAAUAAAUAAUUGAAUUAAUUUGAUCGAUCGAUCAAUGAAAAUCUGAUGAUCUGCAGGUGCUUAGGGUUAGGUUUAUUGUAUAAUGAAACAAUUAAGAAAUGGAGAUGGAGUAUGUGAGUGAAUUCCCUCACAAUUACAUGGAUCGUCGUCCCAGAAAGAGGCCCAAAUUAGCAGCAGCAGCUUGGGAUAUUCCUCCUCAACUUCAACCUCACACUCACACCAAGGCUCAGUCAGGAUUGUAUUAUGGGCAAGUGGUUGGAAAUGGGACAAGCAUUGGAUCAUCAAGGAUGCUCCCCGACCAUGCCAGUCUUUUUGUGAAGGGAUUAGCACAGAAAGGCUCUCCCCCGUGGCGAGACGAUGACAAAGACGGACAUUAUGUAUUUGCUCUUGGAGAGCAUUUAACAUCCCGCUAUAAGAUUCACAGAAAGAUUGGUGAAGGAACUUUUGGUCAGGUUUUGGAAUGCUGGGAUAGGGAAACAAGAGAGAUGGUUGCUGUAAAAGUUGUGCGAAGUACAAAGAAAUAUCGUGAAGCAGCCAUGUUAGAAGUUGAUGUGCUCCAAUUGCUUGGAAAAUAUGAUAGAAAUGGCAGUCGCUGUGUUCAAAUACGAAACUGGCUUGAUUAUCGUAACCAUAUCUGUAUUGUAUUUGAGAUGCUUGGACCAAGCUUAUAUGAUUUUCUUAGGAAAAAUAACUAUUGCCCAUUCCCAGUCAAUCUUGUUCGCGAGCUUGGCAGACAGCUCUUGGAAUGUGUAGCAUUCAUGCAUGAUAUGCGCCUCAUCCACACUGACUUGAAGCCAGAAAACAUACUUUUUGUUUCUUCAGAAUAUAUAAAAAUACCAGAUUACAAGUCACACACUGAGGGGACCUUUUACAAGAGGUUGCCAAAGUCAAGUGCUAUUAAGGUUAUUGAUUUUGGCAGCACAGCUUAUGGCCAUCAAGAUCACAAGUACAUUGUCUCUACCCGGCAUUAUCGUGCACCGGAGGUUAUUCUUGGACUUGGAUGGAGUUAUCCAUGCGACAUAUGGAGUGUUGGUUGUAUAUUGGUUGAACUUUGCUCGGGAGAAGCAUUGUUUCAGACACACGAGAACUUGGAGCACUUAGCCAUGAUGGAAAGAGUUUUAGGCCCAUUACCUCAGCACAUGCUAAAAAGAGUAGACCUACAUGCUGAGAAGUACAUUAGAAGGGGUAGGUUGGACUGGCCAGGUGGUGCAACUUCUCGGGAAAGCAUUAAAGCUGCUAUGAAGCUACCUCGCCUUCAGAACUUAGUAAUGCAGCACGUUGAUCACUCUGCUGGAGAUAUCAUUGAUCUCUUGCAAGGCCUCCUUAGAUAUGACCCUGCGAAUAGACUAACAGCUCAUGAAGCCCUCAGGCACCCUUUCUUCACAAGGUACAGAAGAUUUUGAGUGGAGAGUUCAAUAAUACUCUCUUAUGUUGAUAUUGGAAAUGGUUUAUUAAGUGAAAGGUUGGAGCUGGCUGAUGUGGGUUCCUGGAUUGCUUUCAAUUACCAUGUUACUGUAUUUCUUGACUUUGUGAGAGUGGGUGGCGUAGCCUGGAUUCCUGAGCUGCUUGUGCAAUUUUCCUUAAAAAUUGAGCAUUUGUACAUAGCCAACCUGUAAUCAGGAGAGGCAUUCUCCAAGUCCCAAGUUUUGACCUCGGAGUAGUUUUGUAGCUGUUUUUUCUUCUUUUUUUCAAAGACUGAUUUGCCUUGACAAGUACCUCAGUGUUGUAAUUUAUUUUUUGUCCACCUUGGUGUUGUGCAAGGGAGGGAUAUUAUCACAGAAAUUGUUGAAAAAAGGCUUUUUUCAUUGCAAAUGUGUGGUAAUUUCCAGUGAGUGGUUCUGAAUCAGUAAAAGACCAUGUUACACCCCUUUC